AUGGACGUCGUCAGCCAAGUAGUUCUAGUAGGAGCCGGUAACAGAGUACCCAAAGUACAAGAACAUCUCAGAAACGCCGUUGGGCAAGAGUUGCCCAAAAACUUGAACACAGAUGAAGCCGCUGCUAUGGGGGCCGCUUAUAAAGCCGCUGAUCUAAGUACUGGUUUUAAAGUUGCUAAAUUUAUUACCAAAGAUGCUGUUGUUUAUCCUAUUCGGGUUACAUUUGAAAGACUUGCAGAAACAUAUGUUAAACAAGUAAAGCGCACACUUUUUGGCCUCAUGAAUUCCUAUCCUCAAAAGAAGAUCAUUCAACAAACACACCAGUGA